UUUGGGAAGAUAUCAAGAACGAUGGAAACACGCUUUAUGUUAAAUAUGAGCCACGCCUGCCAUAAUCUCUAAACUAAGGUUGGGUAUGGGAUUAUACAACCGAGGCUCAAUUCUCUUUUAUACUGCUAUUUGAUAUAUUUGCAUGUACAGCGACUAAUGAGGUGAAAGGGGAGUGAAGGGAUGCUGAAGAAGGCUGUUGUUGCUGCCACCGGCGGAGCUCCACGAAAAAGAUAACAAAUAGCAGCCACUGUGUUUGCUAACAACCCUUUGACAGUCUGCUUCAGAAACAUAUCUUCACAGGACAAAAAACACGCAGGAUGUAAACGAAGAGACGGCCACAUGUGCACCAUCAAGUGGAGAAGAUGUCACUGGUUGUGGUUGGUGCGCUCCUGUGCCUGUCUUGUUGGGUCUCUCUCUACUUCAUCUUGUGUCACGUUAACGGGUCCAGGAGCUACGAAUGGAACUGUCGCCUCGUCACCCUGGUACACGGCAUCCUGGCAGUCUGCAUCACAGCAUACAUAGGUUAUGUCGAUGGACCCUGGCCUUUCACUUAUCCAGGUACUAAGAACACUCCUCUGCAAAUAAGUGCAAUGUUGGUGAGCCUCGGCUACUUUAUUUUCGACAUGGCUUGGUGUGUGUACUUCCGCACUGAGGGUCCCGUUAUGUUGGCCCACCACACCAUGAGCAUCUUGGGAAUCCUGUUGACCCUGUGGUUGGGGGAGUCUGGCAUUGAGUCCUGCGCGGUGCUCUUUGGCAGUGAAAUCACCAACCCCCUCCUGCAGGCACGCUGGUUCAUCAAACAGACAGGACAUUACGGGACGCGGCUAGGGGACACUGUGGAUGUCCUGUUUGUGCUGCUGUUUGUGGUGAUGCGAGUCUUCGUGGGAGGCACAAUGCUGUACUGUGAGCUGAUCUCACCAAGACCAAGAUUCUUUAUCAAGUGUGGGGGAGUGGCUAUGUACGCUCUGUCCUGGGUGUUCAUGGUGGACAUUGUUCGAUUUUCCAUAAAGAAGAGCAAGAGCUGGCGUAAACAGAAGAGAGAGCAACAGCAAACACUGGCAGCUAAUGGUCAUGAAGGGAAGAAGGACUGAUUGGCUCUAAAGUCAGUCUGUGUUUUUUUUUUAUACCAUGGACACCCAAGGGAAAUUACAAAGAAUAUAAACUUUUUGCAUCUAAAAGUAAUUUAAAAAGGGAUAUUUCAAGUUGAGAACUAUCCUUUGACAUCUUUCUGCGAGGUCUAACAUUGUCUGGACUCUUUUUUUGUCCAGCUAGUUCAGCUGAACACAUAUUUGAUUGUGUAAAAUGUGCAGUUAAACAACACAGAUGUAGAUGAAGACACUGAAAACCAAAGCACAGACGUGUUGGGGAGUUGCUCCAAAGGAAAGCUCAAUGUUAGGAAAGAAACAGUUUACACUUAAUGCCUAUCCUCUGUGAAACAUUUUUCAUCAUUUCAAUAGGUUUUUUGGCAUAUGGGAAACUUUGAGCAGAUGUGAAACGUGUACUCAGGGAGAGGAAGAGUAAUGUCAUAUGCACAUAAGCUAUAUUGUAGAAAUGGAAAUGAAAAUCUGAACUCCUAAGCUCCUCCAACAAUGCAACAUGAAUAUAAAUGUAUGAGACAUAAAGUGGGAUGGAUUCCAGAGAAAUGUAUGUGAUAUGUUUGAUAACUUUGUUUAAUUCAGUUUAUAGCAACUACUUUACCAUUUUCCUGCUUUAUAAAAUCUAAGUUCAAGAUCCUGCCCAAAAAACCUUCAUUUAACUUCCCACGUGUGAGAGAUAAAUCAAGAGACCCUUCUCAUAUACAGAGCUCUGCUCUGGCAAUGCUAUUAUGUUGCAGUCCAUUUGGAUAUUUAUGUUGAAUUUGAAUAUGUGGACAUGUUUGGUUGUUAUUUGAGAGGUGUGAUUACAAUUGAAAAGUUCUGUCCACUCACCCUUAACAUACUUAUAUAAAAAAGUAUUUAUUUUACCUGUUUGGAGAGUUAUGAGUUUUAGUAUUUAAUGUUUAUUUAAUGUGAUUUGCUAUAAUGUGAUGGCAACCCUCUGAAACAUUUUCAUCUCAAUACUGAUUGUGAUAUUUGAAUAUUGUCCAGAAAGAACACACAAGUGCUUUAUGGGAUUAUAUACGAUUUAUCUUACUCCAUGUCUUAAAUUGCUCCACGCCGAUAAAGCUAGCAAUCUCACAGGUUUUAUCUUUGAGCUUGGAUCUGUUUUCUUGUUAUAAUGACCAUAUUUUUUAUAUUAUGAUUACCAUUAUUAUUAUUGCACAUGGAUAUCUGCAGUAGUGUGCUAAAAAGCCCGCCAUUUCAUUUUCUUCACUUUAUGGUUUAUUGAGAUUUGACGUGUUGCGCUGUUUUUGUGGGAGAAUAAUGUGAGCAUCACCAUUCUUCCCAAGGAACUAAACAUAUAACUGGUGUGUGCCUUAGUUAUCUAUACUUUUCUAAAUGUUUGGUUUUGUUCUCUGCUGUACUUUUAACCCUCCAAAAUCCACAUAGCAGUAAUGAAGAACCAUUAUACUGUAAGAUUUGGGGUUUCAUGGUUUCCCUUUGUAAUCCCUUUGUGAAGUUGUAUACAAAAAAUAUGACCGACUGUUUGUAUGCCUUUUAAAUAAAAUGUAAACAAAAACA